CUCAAUCCUCUCUCUUAUACAACAGUCGCACCCCUUCCCCAACCCACAUACCCCCAAACCCCCCCACCAAAAGCGCAAAAAAACUAAGGAAAUGGCGCCCCCACCCCCCAAAAAGCGCAAAACCACCACCCUCCCCGCCGCCCCCGAGAAAAUCUCCUUCGACCCGGACGCGCGCGCAGAGUACCUAACCGGCUUCCACAAGCGCAAGGUGGCGCGCACGAAGCAUGCGCAGGAGGAGAAUGCGAAGCGGGAGAAGGAGGAGAAGUUGAGGUUUAGGAGGGAGUUACGACAACAGCGCAAAGACGACCUCGAAAAACACGUCGCAGAAGUAAACCGCCUCGUCCGCCAAGCAAACGGAGACCUGAACCUCGAUCUUCCGCACGACUCCUCCUCCUCCGACAAUGACGACGACUUUAAGGGCUUCCCUGACCCCUCUACUUCCACCCCCAGCGACCCACCCCCCCUCAACAUCGCAGACGAGUACCUAGACGCCGACAAGCACACAACCGUAACCAUCGAAUCGGUAACCAUCGACCGGUCGGGCUUCUCCCGCCCCGGCGAUGUAGACGAGGAGGCGGAGAUGAAGCGCAAGAAGGCCGAGGAGACGGGGGCGAAGCGCGUGUGGACCAAGGCGUGGCCGAAGAGCGAUAAGCCCAAAGUUCGGAAGAAGAAGUUUCGCUAUGAGACCAAGGUGGAGAGGAAGGCGGAGCGGUUUAAGCAGGGGCUUAAGAAGAAGAAACAGGCUGCUGCGAGGAAGGGGGAGUAGGUGUGUUUGGUAUGGGUUUGUGGGGGGUUGUGGACUGUUGCUGGGGAUGGAGUGGGUUGGAUGGACUUGUCAGCGCAUAGCAAGACGUGGUGUUAUGAGUGCUGGGUUUUGGCGGUGAGAAGCAGUAGUGGUUGAUGCUUAUAUGAAAGCAAUGAUUGAUUAGAGGAUAGACGAUGGUGUAUAAAGUGAAGGAUCAAGGCACAACGUCAAGUCUGAGAAACUGCCAAACAGUGC